AUGCAAGAGCAGCAAUACCAACUUCACCACAUUCCAUUGAUGCAAGUCAAGAACAUGUGGAGAGUCCAAGAAGGAGAAGAUGAUUGGGCACUUGUAACCUUUGUUGGAGAACAAAUCCAAGACCCAAGAAAGUGCAAGAAGGCAAUGGAGAAGGUGAACAUCGAACCUUGUGUGAAGAUGGACACCCAAACCCUUGACCUUCUCAAGAUAAGAGAUGAUGUCACAUGGUACAUAAGGAAGCUAGGCUUGAGCAAGCUCUUCAAGCUAGAAUGUAGUGAGUACUCACAACUCACCAAGGAGUUCCUCUCCACAGUAGCUCUUGCCUUUCCCAACCACAAUGGAGACCAACCAGCUGGUGAUGGACUCCUACUCUUCAAGAUAGGCGAUGCCAAUGGGCGCAUCUCCAUCUCAGCUCUAUGCCAACUCUUUGGACUUCCCAAUGAGACAGCACAUGACUUCAAGGAGAACUCAAAGAGGAAACAAGCUGCCUUUGCUGAUUGGACACACUUUGCCAAUGAACCAUUCUUGCCUUCAAGAUCAAAGGUGUCUAGAAUCACUCAUCCAGCCAUUCGCUAUGUGCACCGCCUCAUCUCCACCACUUUCCAAUGCAAACAAGAAGCCAACAAGGUCACAACUGAUGAGUUCUACAUCCUCACCACACCAUUCAUCAAGCAUGAGUACAAGGCCAACCUUGGACUUUUACUUGCCAAGACAUUCAUCAAUCACAUCCACUUCCUAAACCGUUGGACUAAAGACCCAACUCGGUUUUGCUAUGAGUUUCCAAUUGGUCCAGCCAACACUUCCCUUGUCUUGCUGCCACAUGAAGACAUCCCAAGCCUACGCUCAGGAGUUGUCACUUUCCAGCCCAAUGAGGAAGACUUCUAUGUUCCAUCAAGUGAGAAACCAUCAUUCCCCAUGCUCACCUAUCGCACACUUCAGCAUGCAGUCAAGACUCAACGCCGCCACCAAGAACGCCAUGUUCUCACUACUGGCAUGGCCGCGCACCAAGCUCUAGACCGUGUUAACAAGCUGGAGAAGAUAGUGGAAUGCCAAUCUCGCUUCAUCUCACGCCUAGUUCGUGUAGUUCGCCACAUUGCACCGGAGAGACUCUUUCGCCCUUCUUCCACCGCUAGAGAGCCAUAUGAGCCUGACCUUGGUGAGUUCUCACUAGACUCAGAGCUUGGUUCAGAAGGCGAUGACCCCAUAGAUGAGGAAGAGAGUUCUUCUCACUGCCACACAUAG